ACUGGUAUAAAGCCACCUCUAUAUAUUUAGUCAGUCCUUUUCUCCAAGCAAAGCUGCCGUGUCUUCAAGUCCAGGCUACAAAGUAGCUUCGACUUCUUCUUCAGUCAUGGCUGACCAGGCUUUUGUGACAUUGGCUACCAAUGACAACUAUGCUCGGGGAGCCAUGGUUUUGGGCAAGUCCCUGCGCAACCACAACACGUCCAAGAAGCUGGUGGCACUCAUUGGUCCUCAAGUGUCAGAGCUUUGCCAGUCCGUGCUGAAGAGGAUCUUUGAUGAGGUGAAGAUAGUGGACGUGCUGGACAGUGGCGACACAGCACACCUGGCCAUGAUGAAGAGGCCUGACCUGGGUGUCACCUUCACAAAACUCCACUGCUGGACCCUCACACAUUACUCCAAAUGUGUUUUCAUGGAUGCAGAUACAUUGGUGCUUUCAAAUAUAGAUGAGCUGUUUGACAGAGAAGAAUUGUCAGCUGCUCCUGACCCUGGCUGGCCUGACUGCUUCAAUUCCGGGGUGUUUGUUUUUCACCCUUCUAUGGAUACUUACGGCAAACUGCUUCAGUAUUGUACAGAACACGGGAGCUUUGACGGAGGAGACCAAGGUGUUUUGAAUGGCUUCUUCAGCAACUGGGCAACAGCUGACAUAUCAAAACACCUCCCCUUCAUCUACAACCUCAGCAGCAUAGCCAUCUACACUUACCUUCCAGCAUUCAAGCAAUAUGGUGGCAACGCUAAGGUGGUCCAUUUCCUAGGGAAGACCAAGCCAUGGAGUUACACAUUUGACCCCAAAGCCAAACAGAUCACAGGGAGUACGCAUGAGGCCACCACACAUCCCACCUUCCUGCUGGACUGGUGGACCCUGUACUCCCGUGCUGUGGUGCCCAUGCUGCAGGAGCAAUGUGGAGAAAAGCCUUUUCACUCUGGAUGUGCGGAGCAUACAACUUUGUUGACCAUCGACACACUCACGAAGGUUUCCUGGUUGUACAGCUCCAUAAAAAAUUUCCAGUAUAGUGACAAGGUCACUUAUGAGAGUGGACAGGGUGAAAGCUUCUCUUCACUUGAACAUGAACAAGCAGUCCAACCCCAGCUGUCUUCAGAGGAACGGAAGGAGAAAUGGGAGCAAGGUCAGGCAGACUACAUGGGGAUGGACUCAUUUGACAAUAUCAAGAGAAAGCUUGAUACCUUUCUCAAAUAAAGAAGGAAUGAAGCAGGAUAUCAACAGAGCACUAACAAUCUCACCCCAGGUCUUUCAACAAAAUACUGUAAAACAGGUUGUAUUUUUCCUUCCUACCUGUUUCUCAACUAGAAAUGAAUUGAGUCUCUCUCCCUACCAGCAAUACCCUCUCCAUACUCCAAAGGCAGCACCAUUUAAAUGGGCAAUUAAAAGUUAACUAUUAUGAAUGGCUUUGAUUGUCUAUGCAAGUCUGUCAUUAUUCAGUUUAUCCUGCCCCCGUUAUCUGUUGUUCUACACUGUGAAGAAAGUCAGGAAAAAUUUAUGUUAAAAUUAAUUCACUUUUUUGGAGGUACUUGCAUUAAAAGUUUGCCUAUUUCACCUCA